AUGCAGUGCAGUAUCUGUAAAAUUGCUAAUAAUAGUGUUUCUAAUCCAAAGUGUGAAAAAAGCCUAACAGCUAAUCUUACAGUAAGGAAAAAAUAUGUUGAAACUAAAAGUGUUGAAAAUGUUAGUUUGGACAGUUUGGCCGACAUUAAUAAUGGUAUUUCUUCAGUUUUAAUUAAAAUUAAAGAGCUUACUUCUGUGGUUGAUGUGGUUGAGACUUUAGUCACAUUUUGUUCGAAUAAAAUUGAUGCAUUCGAUGCUAAGCUUGAAAGUCUUAAUCUAAAGAUUAUUUCGUUUGAUAAGCGGUUAGUUGUAUUAGACGAGAAGUAUAAUAAAUUACAAUUAGAAAUUGAUAAUCUUAAUUCAAACGCUAAUAUACUUUUAUUUUCUCACUAA